AUGAAGGUUUCCUUUGCUACUCUCCUCACCAUCGCGGCUUACGCCUCCGCCGCCCCCGCUGGCCUGCCUGUCCUGUCCAACCUGUCCGGCCUGUCCGGUCUCUCUGGUCUGACUGACCUGACCAGCAUCCUGGGUCUUGAUGGCAUUUCCAACACCCUCAACCUGGGUGACAUCACCAAGGAGCUCGACCUGAGCAACCUGCCCGUUGUCUCCAAGCUGGCUGACCUCACUUCCCUGCUGAACCUGGGCUCCUCCUCCACCGGCAAGAGCGGCAACACCCCCAUUGCCCAGAACGGCCACCUUGUCCAGAACCUGGGCCCCGAGCUCAACAAUGUUCUGACCAUCACCGGCCCCAACGUCCAGACCCUGCUCCUCGAGCUGUCCCCUGAGGUCACUGCCCUCGUCUCUGGUCUGGGCCUCCCUGGUCUUGGUGUCCCUCUCGGCUCCAUCGUUGCCUCUGCUUCCUCCCUAGGUGACCUUGUCACUGGCCUCGGCCCUCACGUUGACGGCCUUGUCACUGUUGUUGGCGCUGAUGUCGGUGCCCUCCUGGUUUCCCUCUCCCCCGAGGUCGCUGGCCUCGUUUCCGGCCUUGGUCUCCCCACCGUGGGUGUCCCGGUCGGCACUAUCGUUGCUACUCUCGGUACCUCCCUCAAGCGCGACAACGUCCCCGCCGCCGGUGAGAUCGUCCAGGACCUUGCCCCCGAGGUCAAGAACAUCCUGACUGUCACUGGCCCCAACGCCAAGCAGCUCCUGAUCAAGCUUUCUCCUGAGGUUGCCGCUCUCGUUGACGGCCUCGGUCUGACCUCCAUCGGUGGCUCCGUUGGCUCCGUUAUCAAGACUGCUGGCAACGUUGGCGACCUCCUCACCGACAUCUCCACCCCCGUUGAGCAGCUCCUGAUCGUCACUGGCGAUGACUCCUCCAAGCUCCUGAUCCAGCUUUCUCCUGAGGUCGCCGCUCUUGUCACUGGUCUCGGCCUCCCCUCUGUCGGUGUCCCCGUCGGUGCCGUUGUUGCCACCCUUGGCAAGAACCUGUAA